UCUUAUUAAAAUGGAGUAAAAAAGAGUGUUUUUUACGUUUCAUAUUAAUGAGGUUGGCUGCGAGUUUCAUUCAGUGGCCGUGUCAUCCAUUCAUAAAAACGUCAGCAGGCGAGGCGGCUUCCCGUUGGUCGAUUGUCGAGUGGUUCGUACGCAGUAGGGGCGCUGCGGAGCUCCACCAUUCGAGUUAUCACUCUCCUCCGAGGCAGUACGUUCCUGUCAGUGCUCUGUUUUCCAUCCUGCGUCGCAUGGAUUUCAGUGGAAAGUAUUGGGAAUUGUAGAGUGCCGUGUUAGCCCCGCCUUGUCAGGAUGCUGGAUUAGAUGUGGUGAGCUGCUGAGCGAGAACGCUGGGCCUCGGGCCUUGAUGGAUAUUUUGAGCGGGACAUCAUGUAAAAAGGCGGACGCUUGGUGAGUUUUUCGGAACGCCGCACGUCGUUGGCUACAUGGAACAAGAUGGCGGAGAAACUGACAAUAUUGUGGCCGGCCAGCGCGAUUUAAUAACUCUUGCGCAGCCGAGGCCGGGAGCGGCUCGCAGACAGAAUGAAUAUAUCGAGACACCUCUUCGGCCACAGCUUCCGGCUCCCAAAGUUACCAAAUCGCGAUCAAAAGAUGACAACGAGGUAUGCCGCGGGAGGCAACCCACCGCUCAGCCGGCGAUCACGGCUCAGCCUACGGCUAAGACAGCGAAGGACUCCGUGAAUGACGUUGACCAACGGCAUAACGAUUCUAUCAUCUGCCGGCAGUGUCGUCGUUGCAAGUGUGAAGCAUGCCGGAAUCCAAGGCAUUUGCCAUCUAAAUGGAUUUGCAAUGACAAGUGCUUGUGUUCAGCUGCGAAUGUAGUGGAUCACUGUUCGUGUAUGUGCUGCGUGAGGGGCCUCUUUUAUCACUGGGCCAAAGACUACGAGAUGGAUACUGAUGUCUCUUGCGCAGAUCAGCCGUGCUCCUGCUCUCCUCACAAGAGGCUACUAAGGUGGGGGUGCCUAGGUCUCUUGGCCUUACCCUUACCGUGCCUAUGUUGUUACUGGCCCUUAAGGGGCUGUUUAAAAGCUUGUGAAGGCUGCUAUUCCAAAUGCAUGGGCCACGGAUGUCGGUGUGCCCCCCCACACAGGACUGAGCAGGCACCUGAAAAACGACUUUUAGAUUCAAACUCAGACUGUUGACUUCUUUAUUUCAACAGCUUAGUACCAAAGAGUUUUGCCUCGCAACGACCGGUGUCGUUCUUGUUUGUGUGCUUUUACACGUGUGAAUAAUUCGUUCGAGUGGUUUCAGUGCUUGUGAGUGCAUCAACGCCUUCUGGAUGAGUGGGAAAGAACAGCGCCAGUCAGAAUCUGUUUUUUCCUCCUCCUUCAAAGAAACUAUAUCCUUGUGAAUCGCAAAUAUCUGCAGAGCCAGGUGUUAAGACUAAUACUACAAUAUGAGGCCUGCGGAUACUCUAAACCAAUGGCAGUCAGACGUUCAGACGUUCUAUCUUAAUCGCCACUCACUGAUGAAGAAAAGGACAAUUUUGUGAAAACUUUUACUUCGCGCUUUUUCGUUAUUAUGAAAUAUAUACUUUUGCUCUGCAAAAGUAAUUUCCCUCCAGGACAUCAUGAGCACCUUUAGUAUUUUCGACGUAAGAAGUAUCCCAAUUUUAAUUUCCUGAAUAUUCUUAUUCCUCAGACUUGGGUACAUUCCAGUCAAUGAGACGACAAGCAGGAAUUAUUUUGAGAUGGCAAGUCAAAUUUAAUUGCAGAACGAUUCCAGCUGAGGAGUGCUAUUUCCCCAGUCACCAAUUCGUGUCUGGAAAAGUUGAAAUCAAUAUCGAAGUCUGCAGCAUGGGUAUCCCGCCGCAUAGCAUAGUAUGUAGCGAUUUGGAUAAUGAAAGCAAAACGUGUGAUGCUGUGAACGAAAUGACGCACAGCAGACGAUUACGUAGUAGUUCUUCCGAAAGAAAGAACCAGCCCUACUACCUAGUACUGGUUCCAAAUGACCUUGAAUGACUUUGCGAAGCUCGGGGCCUUGGCUGGCUGGGGUAUCUACCCUCCUUAGACCGGCUCCUUGGCACACACACGCAUGCAUCCACACCCGAUCAUUGAUGGAACUGCUUCCUGCCCUCCGCACACUCUGUUGUGACGACAGAGCCGCCAACUACGCGCUCUUUUGUUUUGUGGAACUUGGAUCACCUCACAUUGGGUCUUGGUGCUUUGAAAAACCCGAGGAUUAAUUUAAAAUUAGUCAAAAGAGUUACCUUAUUUUGGUGUAAAUAGUGAACAACGAGUAAUAGUGAUUUCGUAGGCGAUUAGACACAUCCCCCUCUUUUACAGGAGCAAAGCUUUUGCUCCUGAAAAAGAGGGAACUGCGUCUGAUGGAAGAAGAAGAACUGACGAAAUUUUCGGACCAGUACCACACUGUAUUUCUUACGGAUUCCGUUUCCUAGACUGGACUUCCAUUGUGGGUGGCAAGGACGUUACUGGAUAUUUUUUAAAGUUUUCUUUUAUUAUAAAUGAAUAAUAAAUUGAAUAAAAUAAAUUAUUUUUA